CUGAUAACCCCCCCCAACACACACACAUGACCCGGGUCACAUGACGGUAAGCCUCUGUACUACCUCCUGGUUCAGACAGACUGGCUUACACGGACCGAGGCUAGCUGUUAGCUUCAACUGUCUAGACGGCCGAGAUGAGUUUCCUAGGAGGUUUGUUUGGGCCGGUAUGUGAGAUAGAUGUACUGCUGAAUGAUGCAGAGAACAGAAAGACAGCUGAGUUGAAGACAGAAGAUGGGAAAGUGGAGAAACACUACCUGUUCUACGACGGAGAGUCUGUGUCUGGCAAGGUGAACCUCAAUGUGAAGCAGGGAGGAAAGCGACUUGAGCAUCAGGGCAUCCGCAUUGAGUUUGUUGGACAGAUAGAGCUGUUCUCUGAUAAGAGUAACACCCAUGAGUUCGUGGACUUGGUGAAAGAGUUGGCUCUGCCUGGAGAACUCACCCAGAACAGAAGCUACGACUUUGAGUUCAUGCAGGUGGAGAAGCCGUACGAGUCCUACACUGGAGCAAACGUCAGGCUAAGGUAUUUCCUCAGGGUGACAAUAGUUCGUCGUCUGUCUGACUUAGUGAAGGAAUACGAGUUAAUUGUCCACCAGUUAGCCACUUACCCGGAUGUUAACAACUCGAUCAAGAUGGAGGUCGGCAUAGAAGACUGUCUUCACAUCGAGUUUGAAUACAAUAAAUCCAAAUACCACCUUAAGGAUGUGAUUGUUGGGAAGAUCUACUUCCUGCUGGUCAGGAUCAAGAUCCAACACAUGGAACUACAGCUCAUCAAGAAGGAGAUAACGGGCAUUGGCCCGAGUACUACCACUGAAACAGAGACGGUUGCUAAGUAUGAGAUCAUGGAUGGAGCUCCAGUUAAAGGAGAAUCAAUCCCCAUCAGACUCUUCUUGGCAGGAUAUGACUUGACACCAACCAUGAGAGACGUCAAUAAGAAGUUUUCUGUUCGCUACUUCCUUAAUCUGGUGCUGGUGGAUGAGGAGGAUAGAAGAUACUUUAAACAACAGGAGAUUGUUUUGUGGAGAAAAGCCCCAGAGAAGCUGAGGAAAAGAAACUUCCAUCAGCGCUACGAGUCGCCUGAGUCCCGAACCCAGCCAGUCAAUGCAGAGCAGCCCGAGAUGUGAAGGCCACACUAUGAACUCAGACAGACACACCCCAACUCUUCACUGCUGAACAGCCAGAGUUGUGAGGUCUGCCCCACAAUUUCCCUGGACUGAGAAAUGUCUGUAUACAUGAAAACACAUAACAUACCCUCAGACACCCUGCCCCCACCACCACUUCACAGCUUUACAGAUGUGAGCUGUCCUACUACUACCAUCACUCUCUCCCCAAGGACUGAAACACACUCACAUGCAGACGUACAAGUCUGCUGAAUGCUAAAUAUCAAGGCAAGAGUGCAAAUCAAAUCGACCCAAGUAAGGAACAGUGAUGCAGCCUAUUUGACCCCAGUAUCUCGGACCGAAAGCGCACACUUGAGCACACACAAGUGAAGCCAUACAGUCUGUUUGCUGAAUGUGUGAUAAAACAGGAGCAAAGGUGAAAAAGAGGAGAUGUCCACACACGACCACCACACCAUUUAUUGCUUUCUUCUACAACUUGAGCUUCUUUUGGUCAUAUAUUUGGGCAGCACUUACCCUGGACAUUCUCUGGCAUCCUUCCUCCCCAGCAAAAUGAUGGUUUCUUGAAUCUGUAUUGGCUAGCCAGUGAUUAAAGGUAUUCAAGUCAUGUGGGGAUCAGCUUGAACGAAGGACACAAGAGACUAAGCUAUGAGUCAACAAAGGCACUCUAUGUUUAUACACCUUAGUUUGAGCUAUGAUGACACCUCUGUGCUCUCAUUCAUCCAUUCAGCUGUUACUAAUUACUAACUACUUUUUGUUAAGUGUAUUGCAACAGUCCACAGUCUGCUCUCUUCAGGUAAAAUUGGAACCUAAAAUGAAUUGGAAAAUUAAGAGUUUAGUGGAAGAAAUAUUCAUCUUAACAUAAAUCCAAUGCAAUAUUUCAUCUUCAAAUGUGGCUGGUUUGUAAAAAUGAAAUUAUACUCCACUUCCAGCCCAUUUUUCAUUUCAUACCAGAGAAGGUUUUUUUUAUUUAACAUUAUGAUUUCAUUCUUAUUUAUUUCAUAAAAUUAUUUAAAUAAAUCAAAAUCAUCUAGAGCUGCAACUGAUCAUUCUCUUCAUCACUGUUUAAUUUAGAUUAUAAAAUAGCAGAAAUUUCCUAGAGCCUGAGGUGGCAUCUACUAAUGACUUGUUUUGUCUGACCAGCAGUCUAAAACUCUAAAAAUAUUCAAUUUACAGUUACAUAAUAGAGACAAAAACAGCAUUAGAUAAGCUAGGACCCGACAGUGUUUGGAGUUUUUCUGUUAAAAAAUCAAUUGCAGCUCUAAAAGUGUCAUACAUUCAAAUUCUCUGCUUGUUAAAAGUUCUUGGGCCCAUUACAACAUUUCAGUCUCUUAAGAUGAAUAUUUGAUGCGGUUUUCACUGAUGAGUUCUGUUGCUUUGCUACAGAACUUCCUCCAGUGUUUCUGUGGCAUGCUGCAUUUUGUUUAAUCUAUAAGGUGCUGUGCAUUUGUUACUAUUGGAAAUCAUUUAUUGUUUGUCUUCCAAAGCUAUUAUAAGGGUUGGCUCACCAAAAUUACAAAAACAGUUAUGUGGAUGGAACACAGUUAAAUUUCAGUACUUUCAGCUCUACAGAUUAAAUUCCUCUGAUCUCCAUUUUAUUGGGUUGAAGGAGGAAAUCUGAGAGAUAUCUACACAUUAAAUCUGUAUGGUUGAACAGAAAAUGUUUACUUGUAAUUUGGGUGAACUGAACCUUUAAGUUUCUAUAUCCAUGCGGGUGACAGCUUACUCUCACUGUAAGAAGUAGUUUGUCUUUAGUCUCUAAAAUUCAGUUUAACAAAGCUGUAGAAGUUGUCAGGGUACUUCUGCCUGAAAAUGAAAGUUCUGUCAUCACCACACAAGUAACAGCUUCUGUUUAUAUUUUGAAUGAUCCUGAACAGUGAAGUGAUGCUAACCCUGAUCAGCAGACGGUAAAUCCACUGUUCCUGUCACUUUCACCUUGUUUUUCAUAGGGUGCAGCGUGAGCCAGUUGGUUUGGUGUAUUUUGAAUACUAAUGUAAUAAAUGGCUCAUGUCUGCUGUUGUAAGCACUGGAAGGGAUGCAGUAUCACUAUACUGUAAAAUCCAACAUUGUUCCACUGUGACACUCAGACCUGCAGUUUAGGUCCUUCCUAAAUAACAAACUUAUACACACACUGGUGAUUUUACCAGUCCUGUGUGUUGGGUCAAUUUGCCCUUAAGCUCUGAUCUGUGGCCAGUUUUGCACUUUUCCCUCCAAUGCUUAACUUUGUAUAAAGCGGCAUGGAAGCUGAAAUGAAACAUCACUCAAGGACAACUUCACCUCAGAGAUCUCCUGUGUCUGUAAUAGAAAAGAUACUGUCAUUUAUAUAUCACUACUUAUUUUAUUUGGACUCACUAAGUACAAUAUUUUGUUGCUUUUUGUCUCUUUAAUGUGCGAGUCAUGCCACCAUGUUGUGUGUUUCAUCUCUUAAAUGUCUGAACACUCAGAUCUACAACUUGGUUUUUCUUUGUUCCUUUGAAGAAGUGUUGACCGUAUAUUUUGGUCUUCCUUUGUUUGGGAACAGUGUAAUUUAUUUGCAAGUAAGCCUUUUUUUUUUCUCUCUGCCUAUCAAAUAUAUUUUCUGUCUUUCUGAACACUGUACUGGUAGGGUUUGUUUGGUGUACUUUAAAUACCUUCAGAGGUAAUGAAGAAACACUAAAUGCCAAAACUCUCUGCCCCUGUCUUAUCUACUGCAUGUUAAUCUUUACACAAUGUCAUGCCAUCAGUGCGUGUGUGUGUGUGUGUGUGUGUGUGUGUGUGUGUGUGUGUGUGAGAGAGAGAGAGAGAGUGCCUGCAAGCGUGUAUGAUAAUAAAUGUAUAUAUCUACACCAAACCCAAAUAUAAAGCUUAAAUGAAUAGUGAAUAAAGCAAAUUUAUACUGAA